AUGCCGCGUCGGGCGGCCGAUCUCGCAAGCAACGACGGGUCUUACUGCCUCGCUCACGUCAAGGAUGUCAGCAGAGAUAAGUUGAGCUUCGAGAUCAGGGCGUCCAGGAAGAUGCAAGGCGCGAGCUGCUGCGCUUUUGCUGCCAGCCUGCUCAGCUUCAUCCCCUACGUGCGCAUCUGGCGUUGCCUGGACUACGACGCCGCGGUGAAGAGAAGCCCUGCCCUCGUCAAGGUGGUCGCCGGUGAGACUGAACCUCUUGAUUGGCAGAGCACGCCGUCGGUGGCUUCAUCUGCAGGCGCAGAGACCGGCGCCGACGUGGCGGCCAAACUGUCCGCGUUCAAGCUCAACGACUCGCAGGCCGACGCCAUUCUGAGCUGCGUCACGGCGACGCGCCGCGACGGCGCGGCAAAAUUCAGCCUAAUCUGGGGCCCGCCCGGCACGGGCAAGACCAAGACGAUCAGCGUGCUCCUGUUGCUGCUGCUGACGAGCCAGGCCCAGACUAAAUGCCGCGUCCUGACGUGCGCGCCGACCAACACGGCGAUCAGCCAGGUCGCGUCCCGCCUCCUGGCGCUGACGAAGCAGCACGCCGCCACCGACGGAGGAUGCCAUGGCGACCUGCUGCUAUUCGGCAACCGGGAACGCAUGGCCAUCGGCGGUGAUCUGAGCGAGAUCUUCCUGGACACUCGCGUGAAGAGGCUCAAGAAGUGCUUCUCGCAGGCGACGGGUUGGAGGCAUUGCCUUGUUUCAUUAGUAGGGUUCCUGGGAGAGCCAACAACACUGAGAUCUCAGUACAACGAAUCUUGCGGGCAGAAAGACGGGACAAAAUUGCCAGAGGCGUCUUUCAUCAGGUCAAGGUUCCAUCAGAUAUUCAAGAAUCUGACGAACUGCUUCAGAACAAUCAUGUCCCAGGUUCCGAAAGCUGUCCUAUUGGAAAAGAAUUACAAAAAUAUUGUUUCAGUAAUCAAGAUGCUAGAGGACUUUAGCAAGCUGCUUGAUAGGAAGAUUGCUGGAAACAAUGUCGCAAUGGAGGUCUUCAUGACUAUGAGUGGAAAGAAAUGCGACGAUUCAGCUGGGGGAGUGGGCAAGAAUGCACUGGUUGAAAAUCUUAUGAGAAACAAGACUACAAUUCUAGGCGUCACGAGGACUCUUCUCGGAGACCUGAAACUUCCUGUUACACGCUCUGACUUCAGGAUCAAGAAGUUCUGUCUCCGGAGUGCGUCCUUCGUUUUCUGCACCGUGUCUGGGUCGGCAAAGCUGAAUGCUCAGAAGAUGGAUUUGCUUCUCAUCGACGAGGCUGGGCAGCUCAAGGAAUGCGAGUCCCUCAUCCCGUUGCAACUCUCCGGACUGAAGCAAGCUGUUCUUAUUGGUGAUGAGCGCCAACUACCAGCAACUGUUAAAAGCAAGGUUGCAGAGACUGCAUUGCUGGGCAGGAGUCUGUUUGAGAGAUUGAGUUUACUGGGACACAAGAAGCACCUUCUGAACAUUCAGUACAGGAUGCACCCGUCCAUAAGCAUGUUCCCGAACCUGAAUUUCUACGACAGAAACAUUUUGGAUGGCGCAAAUGUCACGCAGGAGGGACACCAGCGUAGCUAUCUUCAAGGUGCAAUGUUUGGGCCGUACUCUUUCAUCAACAUUGAUGGACGGGAAGAUCCCGGCCGGAGCAAGCGCAACAUGGCCGAGCUAGCUGUCAUAUUGGAGAUACUGCAUGCUCUCAAAAAAGCUUGUACCAGCAGUCAGCUAGGAGUUUCAGUUGGCGUCAUUUGCCCAUACGCUGCUCAGGUGGAGGCAAUUCAGCAGCAGAUAGGGGAUGCGAAAUCCAUGCUUCCCCUUACCCUGCGCGUCAACUCUGUCGAUGGGUUCCAAGGUAGCGAGGAAGACGUCAUCAUCCUGUCAACCGUCAGGCACUGCCUCUGGAUCCUGGGCAACGCGGCGACCUUGCGCGGCAGUGGCUCCAUCUGGGAGGAGCUGGUCCGGGACGCCGUGGAUCGUCGCUGCUUCUUCAACUGGCACGAUGGCGGCGCGGGCGUCUCUUCUCCCGUUCCUCUCUGGGGUGCUGGCCUGAUCGGUGACUCAGAUUUCGGCGUCCACCCACCAGCUGCGUACUGCGGACAGGAAGCUGAUGACAUUUGCGAUGCACUAGGCUCCCUGCGUCUAGCCGAGUGA